CACGAGAUGAAAGAGGUUCUACGACAACAUCCUGCUCGUACAAUCACCGAACUGAGACAAAAGCUCCAAGAAAUAUGGGAUUGUUUUACACCAAAUUUUUGACAAAACUUUGUUAACACUCCAAUUGUUGUUUUGCUAACUUCGCGCAUUUAUUCGCACAUUGUUUAUUUGUUCAGAUGUUCUAAUAGUUAUAGGUCUAAGUGAUUUUAAAUAUGUAUUUUUU